AUGGCCAACUUCUACGAUGGCGCAAGGUCCUUUUCUUCGUCACCUUUUGUGCAGACUACUACAUCCCCACGGCACGCGUUUGCCUACGGCGCCAAUGAUGAAGUUGCACGUCUCGCCGCCAGUCGUCGCCGCCCAUUGACUCUUGCAGAUCUGCUCAAACAUGGCCGCCCGCCCCUGUGCAAAGUUGCCCUCCUGGCUUCGGCCAACUUCACGCUCUCCCUCCUUCCAGCCCGACUAGCGUCUCGCAUCGAGGCUCUCCGUAACCUCCCGUUUAUCGUCGUUUCGAAUCCGCAUGUAUCCAAGAUCUACAAUAAUUACCUACACUCCCUCUCGACUCUCCUACCAUAUCAACAACGUCAGGUUACGACGCUAGAGGAGGAGAAUCAAUUCGCAGAGGUACUUGCCGAUCUUGUGCAUACACAUACGAACACCAUUCCUAUUCUUGCCCGCGGCUUUCUUGAAUGUCGCCGAUAUAUCGAUCCCACUGAGGUAACACGGUUCCUGGAUACACACCUGCGCGCCAGAAUCGGCACGCGGCUGAUAGCAGAGCAACACUUGGCACUGCACUUUGCCUCGCAGCCUGUCCGUGAUGAUCCCGCUGAACAACAAGAACCACCCAAGGAUGCUGCGCCAUCAAACUAUAUCGGAGUCAUCGAUACCGCGCUGCAACCCGCCCGCAUAGUCAAAUCGUGCGAGGAUUUCGUGGGUGAGAUCUGCGAGCUCAAGUAUGGGGUUCGACCGCGAUUGAAUAUUGGCGGACAGCCAGACGCUUCUUUCGCGCAUGUGCCGGUCCACGUGGAGUAUAUUCUUACAGAGCUGCUGAAGAAUGCUUUCCGGGCGGUUAUUGAUCAUUCCGAUUCGGACACUGGAUUUCACAUGGACACGGUGGUGGGGACAGCAGAUGCGAACGAGUCGAUCAAGUGCUGGUCGCCGUCGCAGCAGAGCAUUACGAUCCGCAUCCGAGAUCGGGGAGGAGGUAUCCCUCCGGAAGUGCUGCCGAAUAUCUGGUCAUACAGCUUCACUACGUUCUCUGACUAUGGUAUGAACGGGUCGGAGAAUGGCAGCAUGGACGCGCUAAACACGAUAGCCGGGAGUGGGGGGCAUUUGAGCAGCAUCGCCGGACUGGGGUAUGGGCUGCCGCUGAGUCGGGCAUAUGCAGAGUAUUUUGGAGGGAGCAUUGCGGUGCAGAGCUUGUGGGGAUGGGGAACAGAUGUAUACUUGACGUUACAGGGAGUAGCCAUGCCAUCUUGUGUGCCGCAACAUUGA